AUGCUGGCGGCGGCGGCGGCUGCUUGGGCCGGCCUGGCGCUCCUCUGGGCGGCGGGCGGCUGCGCGGGGGACGCGGCGGGCUACCGGAGGAGGGUCUCCCUGGAGUACAACCCGGGAUGGGCCAGCUCAGAGGUGAACCUCCUGCACAGCCGGGCGGUCGGCCUCAACGAUACGCUUCACUAUGUCUGGAGCACCAUUGGGGCCCCCACAGUGUUGUUGGUGUACACCGCAAGCGACAACAGUUCCCUUCAGGUCAACUGGACCCAGCUCCUGUCCUCUUCCCCAGCGGGAGCCAUCCGGGUUGAACCAGCCGAGAGUGUCUUGUAUUCCACCGCCGUGGUCUUUCCCAGGCUGUGGGAAUAUAACGGCACCAACACGUCGGACUUCUCCCAAAUCCACACGGAGCAGAUCUAUGCCAGUUACAACCUGGCUAACCUCAGCUGGGACAGCCUGGAAGGGCGGCUGAAUGAAACGGCCCUCAGCGCCAACUUCCAAGGCCGCGAAGGGACCUUUGGGAACGGAAGCAUCUCUUUCAAGGUGACGGCAUACGAGGAGAGCAGCCGCGACAGGCCCCUCCCACGUCUUCUGCACAGCGCCAACAGCUCCAAGGUGGAAUUCGCCAUCCAGGGUGUGCCCCCCCGGGGGAACCACUCCCGCUUUGCCCUGGAGAUCCUGGCAGUCGAGGAAGGGAGCCGGCAGAAGCAGCUGCAGUCAGUCCGUUCCAUCGAUGACGAAUACACCCCGACCAUUUUCGAGAUGGUGCAGCUGAUCUCUGACCCCCUCAACCACAGCCUGGGGUCCAGCUUCCUGCAGUGGAAGAUGGCCGCCUACAGCUCUAAAACCCCCAAUCGAGAAAACACCGUCCAUUGUCAGUACUACCCCCUCCAGGUGGUCCGCAACCUCGGUACUGAGUUCAGGAUUCUCCACGCCUACUUUGGGGAGGACCUCGAGCGAUCCUGCAGCCUGUCUGGCCUCAAUAUCUCCUUUGGUAGCGAGGACAACGAAGCCUACAAAGAAAAGAGAUACUUGAGCUGGUCCGCGCUGGUUGGUUUUGGGGAACCCCCGAGAGAAGAAUUCUCUCCGCUGGUCAUCGGGAUCCUGGCCGUGGCGCUGGGAACGCCGGCGAUGCUCCUAAUCGUGGGGAGCCUGGCGGUGCUGACAAGGAAGCGGAAGCCAUGUUCGGAGUACGAACCGAUCAACUGA